AUGGUUGUGGUUUCUGCCCUGGACCUUCAGUUUGUACGCUUGAGCUGGCUGUGGCUGGAGGCAGGGAAAGUAACGUCAGCUCCAAUCUUUCAGGACGCCCUCACCACCGCUCUUCCGCCGCUGAGCGCUCUUCAUCUCUCAAACGCUGAUGUCAUUGUCUCUUCUUGCCCUUCAGAGUCGAACGUUACCUCAGCUCAAAACCUCGCCCUGAAGAAGGACCCAAACCUGCACCUCUGUCGCUACAUGUUGAUGUUUUCCCGUCUGCCUGUCUCCUCUGAUGUUCUGCAUGCAUUCUUCUGUGACACCUGGAAGCAGCGGCUCAGCACAGGAAGGUUUUCUGGCGCUGGGUCCGUCAGCUGA